GCUCUUGAGAGCAAAGCGAGAACAGAACUAUGGAACCCUAUCAUGAAGGUGUUAGCGGUUCAUGGAACACACACCAAACCCUGCACCACCAAAUCCGAAUGUAUAAGGAGAAUGCAAGAGAUCCAAAUCGUUGACAUCUACCAAAAAAAGAUGCCAGAUAUAAAUUACAAUUUUCUCAUCGGAGGAGAUGGAAACGUCUACGAAGGUCGGGGAUUUGCAAAGAAAGUGUCGCCAACGUCUGACUAUGUACCGAACUCUCUUGUCGUUGGGUUUAUAGGAAAUUGGGCUGUUGAAGAAAUGCCAGAAAUGUUCGAAGAAAUACUUACAGAGUUUUGUCGAUUGUACGUCAAAGAGGGGAAGAUAAACCCGAAUUACAAGGACUAUUUUGAAGUAGGAUACUAAAAUUAAUGUUCCUGUGCUACAUGUUAUGAGUGACCAAGAAAUGUUGAUAUACUUAUAAUUACUAAUCAAAGUAAUCAAUGGGUUACUUAAGUAGAGAUAGUU